CGCUGAGCGAUUUAUAAUCGCUUCUGCGCAUGCGCAUUAUGGGAGUAAUGUAGUAUGAUGGCCCCAUUCAGCGCAGUGUUGUUUUGGAUGAAUGACAUGAACUUGAGUCCUGUGGGCAUGGACCAGCUCAGUGUGUCCUCGGUCAGUGCCAGUCACUUGGGGCUGCCCACCUCACCCACACAUAACUCCAUUCCCACACCAGGCAUGCCAGUGGCCAUCCCCAGUCUGGGUCCUUCCCUGGGGUCCCUUCCAUCUGCCCUGUCGCUGAUGCUGCCCAUGGGUCCGCUCGGAGACAGAGGAGUGAUGUGUGGCCUGGCAGAAAGGAACUACUCCUUGCCACCUCCUCCAUACCCCCACCUGGAGAGCAGCUACUUCCGACACAUACUGCCAGGUAUCCUGUCCUAUCUGGCAGACCGUCCUCCACCGCAGUACAUUCAUCCCAGCAGCCUUAAUAUGGACGGGACUCUUUCUGUGGCCAGCAACAAUCCCUCAGGUCUGGACCCAUACAGUGGUCCUGGAGGCCCAAUGGAGCAGGGCCUGGUGCCAAUGGACUCCAGACAGGUCAGUGGGCAAGUAGACCUCCACCAGCCAGGUGCUCACGAGCUGGACUCCACAGGGUUGCCUAUGGAGUCACGUGUCAGCAGUCCAAUGUCCCCUGAUCGGAUGGGAGAGGAGCUGGCCACCAUGGACGGGAUUAGGGUGGUGGUGGUUUCUGACUCUCAGCAGCAGCUUGGAGGAGGGCGGCAGCCUCAGCCGCAUGAUGGCCUGGCUGGAGUGGACUCGUCUGGGGGAGUGAUGCCCCUCCAUGGGCCCCCUGUGCUAGAGCUACCAGUGGUGAUGGAGCCAGAUCACAUGGGUGGACGAGUAGGCGAUGCUGGGGGAGGUGGGGUGGGUGGGCUAGGGGAGCAGCUCCACACGAGCGGGGAGCUAAACUCGAGUGUCGUCAGCGUGGUGCUCACCAGCUCAAUGACCACACAGGCCCAGCUGGAGCAGGUGUCCCUCCACAGUCACUCUGGGAUGGGGCUGGAACCGGUGAACGUCUCACCCAUCACUGCAGAGGUAACGUUGGGGCCAGAAAACAACCUGGUACUGGUCAACUCCAACCUACAGCUGGAAGAUUCAACCUCCAACAAGGAGUCCAUGGUCUCUGCCUUCACCAUCUGGUGCACUCUGUGUGAGUGCUCGUACACUUCAGACUGCCCAGAGCAUGGCCCAGUCACCUUCAUCCCUGAUACACCCAUCCAAAGCCAGGCUCGUCUGUCUUUGCCUCAACCUCUGUGCCUCCGUGUCUCUGUGACAGACGAACACCUUGGAGUUUUUGCAAGGGAUGUCAUUCUUCCAAGGACCUGCUUUGGACCGAUGGUUGGCCAGCACUGCAGCAGCGUAGAUCUCUCUAACUGGCCGGAGAAAGACACACCCCAAGUGUGGAAGAUGUACCACAACAAUGUGCUGGAGUUCUACAUUGUUACCACAGAUGAGAAUGAAUGUAACUGGAUGAUGUUUGUCCGCAGAUCAAGGACCCGUGAAGAGCAGAACCUCGUGGCGUAUCCUGCCAAUGGUAAACUGUUCUUCUGUACAACAACAGAGAUCCACCCAGACCAGGAGCUGCUCUUCUAUUACAGCAGAGACUACUGCAGGCUGUUGGGUGUUCCUCAGGUGCCUGAGGGUCAGAUCUGCCAGUGUGGAAAAGAAUGCUCUCCGUUUUCUGAGUCUCAUCUUGGCAGCGCCAGCGGCAACCAUAACCAGCCUCCAGACAGCCAGAGCCCACCACAGCAGGACCACUCUCAGCAACAGCCGCAGCAGCAGCAGCAAGAGCAACCAUCGCAAUCACAGCAGCACACCCACCAGGAGGAGAAGCUGACCAAUGGGUCCUCAAGUUCUUCCUCAUCUCCGUGGCCUUGCCACACCCAUGCUGCAGGACAAACAAGCAGUGAUAAUAAUAAUAACAGCAGCAGCAAUAAUGGAAUUUGUCACAACAUUGCCCCUAAUGCGAAUUCCAAAGGUCAGGGCCACAUACGAGAGAAAAAAUUCAAGUGCAGCAUGUGUUCCCGGGCUUUUAUUACAUCGACUAAACUCAACGUCCACUUCAUGGGUCACGUUGGGAUGAAACCUCACAAGUGCGAAUACUGCAGCAAGGCCUUCAGCGAUCCCAGUAACCUCAGGAUGCACCUUAAAAUUCAUACAGGUCAGAAGAACUAUAGGUGUACAGUUUGCGAGAAGUCUUUCACCCAGAAAUCCCACGUAGCGUCUCACAUGCUGAUCCACACUGGUGCCGAGAAACUCAAAUGUGACCUCUGUGACCGAGCAUUCAUCAGGAAACAUGACCUGAAACACCACAUGUUCUCCCACACAGCUGAACGGAGAAUAGAGUGCCCUAAGUGCCACAAACAGUUCCUGAAGACCAACCACCUGAAGAAUCACAUGAACUCUCACGAGGGCAGGCGAGACUUUGUGUGUGAGAAAUGCCACAAAGCUUUCCUCACAAAGUACCACCUCACGCGUCACCUCAAGAUAUGCAAAGGGCCAAAGGCAGAAAGAGCGUCCCGUAAAGAAAAGAGCACGGACAUGGAGGAAGAGGAUGAUGAAGAGGAGGAGGAAGAAGAUGAUGGCAGGGCGGGAACAGGAGUAGUAGUAGAGAGACUUAACUCAGCCGACAAUGACGGUUGCGGUUUAGAUGUGGCUGGGUUUAGUUCUGAAAAAUCUAUAUCGCCUCCUCACUGAUAACACGGUGCCUCCUCAUGUUUAUUUAUUAACUUUAGCACAUUACUGUUGUUUACUGAUAUUAUUGCCAAAUACCAGCUCUAAUACUUUAAUUUUAAUUAUUGCAUUUUUAGUUUGCUUAUUCUAUGAAAAAAAAACUCACCUCAUUGCUGCUAAAAUUAACAUUAUCAUUAGAUGAUCAUGUAUUUGUCAUAUUGAUCUUAUAUUUAUUUAAACUAAAGCCUUUCUGUUUUCUACAUCACAUUAUUGGUUACUGAAGGUAUCCUAUAAGCUAUUCUUGAUGUUGCUUCAUUGGUUUUCUGAAAGUCACAAAAUAAAAGAGUGAGUGGCUGAUAGCCAUUUGAGUUGCAUGUAAUCCAACUCCAAAAUGA